GCGGCCGCGGGCCGGGGGCUGCGGCGGGCGAGCCCCCUGCGCCGCCACCGCCUGCUUUCCCCGGGGAAGUGUCUGCACGCCGCGCUGAGCACGCGCACGGCCGGUCGUUCCAGUGACAGCCGUGGGCGGCCUCCGGGGCCUCCUUCCCGCGUGUCGGCGCGGUGCAAGUAGCGAGUGAUUGACCGUCCGUGCAAACGGUGGCGGCGAACUGGCCCCGCCGCUCCCGUUAUUGGGCUUCCAGCGCUGAGAGUAAUGCCCGGGACAGCCGCCCACGCCGCGGGGGUCUCAGCUAACGGUUGAGGAAACGAAGGUCUAGAGAGACCCGGGGGAUCAGCCCGGGGAAGGUGGAGCCUGGAUGCCAGAUCCUGUCCUGGGUCCCAGGAAGCGGGACUAUGAAGGCUACCUGUGUUCGCUGCUGCUCCCCUCGCCUGCCAGGGCCUCGGCCGUCGCACUGAGGGCCUUCAACGUGGAGCUGGCUCAGGUGAAGGACUCAGUGUCUGAGAAGACCAUCGGGCAGAUGCGCCUGCAGUUCUGGAAGGACGCCGUGGCGGGCAUGUAUGGAGGAGGCGGCCCGCCGCCGCAGCCCGUGGCCGUGGAGCUGUGGAAGGCCAUCAAAAGACAUAAGCUGACAAAGAGGUGGCUCAUGAAAAUCAUCGAGGAAAGAGAAAAAAAUUUAGAUGACAAAGCCUAUCGGAAUAUCCAGGAGCUGGAAAGUUACUCAGAAAACACCCAAAGCUCACUUCUUUAUUUAACACUGGAAGUCCUGGGGGUGAAGGACGUCCACGCCGACCACGCGGCCAGUCACAUCGGGAAGGCCCAGGGCAUCGUCACCUGCCUUCGUGCCACGCCCUACCACAGCCACCGUCGGCGGCCGCUGCUCCCCAUGGACAUCUGCGCCCUGCACGGGGCUUCCCAGGAGGAUUUUGUGCGGAAGAAGCGGGACAAGAGCGUGAGGGACGUGAUCUUCGAUGUCGCCAGCCAGGCCCACCUGCACCUCAGCCACGCGCGGUCCUUCCGCCAGAGCGUUCCUGCACGCGCGUUUCCUGCCUUUCUUCAGACGGGGAGCGUUGGUGCACCUGGGCUUCCCCUGGCCGUGGCGUCGCCUGUGAGCAGGGCAGGAGCCAGCGUCUUCGCAGCUGACUGUAUUCCAGGCUCACACUGUCUCCGCCUCGGUCUGCUCUGUUCUCUGAUCACCUGGCACGUGCAUUUCACUGCAUCAUUUUUGGGCCCGUACCCGGCAGUGCUCAGGACUCUCUCCUGCUUGGCCCUGCGCUCGGGGAUCACUCCUGACUCCUGGGCUGCUCCAGGUCUCCUGCUAACACCAGGCAUCUGUGCACAUCUGUGCAGCUGUCUCCUGCUUUUAGAGGGCCUCAGAGUGGCUCUGGAGGACUACCUGAAGAAGAUCCAGAAAGUGGAUUUCGACGUCUUCCACCCGCUCCUGCAGCAGAGGAGCACGUUGCUGCCGCUGCUUCUGUACCUGCAGUCGUGGAGGAAGAAAUACUGACGGCCCCAGCGCUGAGUCGGCCUCGUCAUUGCGGGAGAGCGAUCGGGGAGGGGGCCGGCGAGCGGGGCUGUAGGCUGGGGAGGGGGACCGUCCGUCCUUGCCGUGGGCGUCAGAGCAGACACCGUCCGGGUGCGGGCGUGGGCGUCGCUGGGCUGGCACCGGUUCUCUAGUUGGGUCAGGCCGAUCCGGAAAUUCCUCCCUGUUGUGUCCUGCUGCCUACUCCCGGUAGCCUGGGCGCCGUGGCCGGGCACACACCGUGCUGGUGGUGGUGACGGCCAGCCCCGGGCCAGCCCUCCAGACCCAGCCUGCUCCCCAGCCAGUGCUCUCCGCCAUGCCAGCUGCAGGCUCCAGCCUGAGCUCUGUGCGGGAGUCCCAGCCCGGCCACCACCACUGAGCCUGCCCAGUGCCCCCAAACCCAGACUUGUGCUCAGCAGCCUGGGGCUCUGGCUCCCCACACCGGGACCCCCGCUCCCUCUCCCUGUUCGUGGCCCCGCCUCUGCAGCCUCUGCUUGGUCCCCCCCAGCUGGGAGUUUGCCGAGGCUUAGAUCAUUCAGAGGGGUUUUUGGGCAAGUGAAACUUAGAGCCUGAGGCUGGGGAAGUGACCAGAAGUCGGUCCCCUUUGGUUUGGGGCUGGGAUUCUCCCCAGCAGUGCUCAGCUGGUGCUGCCCAGGCCCGGUGACUCUGGGGUCCCUCAGGGACACCCCAGUGGUGGCAGGGCCUGGGGUGGGGGGGAGCCCGAGGUGCCAUGGUGCUGUGUUCGUCUGCUCAGGGGGGGUCCCAAGCCGGGGCUGGGUCCUCACAAUCACUUCUCGUGGGAAGAGUUCUUGCCCUUGGCGUCGUCGAAUGGCCGGGAUGUUUCUUCCUGGGGUUUGCAGGGCCCCAGACCGAGUUGUCGGGGCUGGGGUCUUAGUACAUUGGUGAGUGGGUCCCAGUCAAAGCAGGCAGCAGCCGGUUCAGCCCCUGGGACCCUGAAGGUUUACCCAGAAUAUGGAAAGGAGAGACCAGUGGGGCUGGAGCCAUAGCUCAGUGGGAAGGGUGUUUGCCUUGCAUGCGGCCAACCCAGGUUCGAUUCCCAGCAUCCCAUAUGGCCCCCCGAGCACCGCCAGGGGUAAUUCCUGAGUGCAGAGCCAGGAGUAACCCCUGAGCAUCACUGGGUGUGACCCAAAAAGCCAAAAAAAACAGAAAAAAAGAGGCCAGAGUGGGGAGAAAUCAGGGGAGAGGGAUAGACAGGAGGCUGGCCUCUCCGAGCAGAUCCUCAGAGACGGGGUUCUGGGCAUGCUUGACUGCCAGGGUCCAGAUCCCCUCAGUCUCCCCCUUCUGCGGAAUGGACAAAGCCCCAGUCACCCCAGUGAUGGGACAGGGUGGUGCUGAUGGCGGGUCACACAGCCACAGGGCAUGGCCUGGCCACACCCCCGGGUGCUCCUGUGUGGAGGAUGGGGGUGGGGUCCAGCCCAUGCUAAGCGGCCCGCGCCCGGCUUCUGAGCGCCUCCCCGUUGCCUGGUGUCCUUUGUGUGGCCGGCUUGGCGCUGGUCGUCCAUAAACCCUGCACAGGCCCACCCGGGGUAGAUGAGCAGCUGGAGGACCUUGGGCACUGUUCUGCCCUCGCCCCACAAGCUCUCCCUUCACCGCGGCGUUUCCGUAGUGCAGUGGUUAUCACACUCGCCUCACACGCGCUCUCCUUCCCCGCAGCUGCCCAGAACCUUCCAGAGACGGGCACACCUGUGGGCCUCAUGCAAGGGCCCGUGCUGACUGGGGCAGUGGGGCAGAGGGAAGGUAUCCCAGAGGGACGCAGAGGUCGGGCAGCAUCUGCGGCCUUCCAGAAGCUUCCGAGCUGCAGGGAAGCACGGAGUGUGGGACCUCGAGGGAGGGAAGGGAGGCUGGGAAGAGCUCGGAGGCCCACUUGGGCGUUGAGCUUUCAAGAAUGGCCUGAAAUUGGAAAAGAAACACAGGUGGCACCAGGGACGGAGCCCAGGGCAAACCUCGGUUCAAUCCCCGCAUCCCAUCUUGUUCCCCGAGCACUGCCAGGCAUGAAUCCUCAGCACAGAGCCAGGAGGAAGGCCUGGGCAUCGCCGGGGUGGCCCCAGAGCAACCACCAGGAGAGCUGGAGCGAGAGUGGGCAUGACCCGGCCCCUCCAGUGGAGCCGAGCUGCCCCCCCCCCCGCCACUGAGGAGUGUCCUGUCCCCCUGUUCCCCCCCCCCCCCAGUAAGGGAAACACCUUGCAAUGGGCACCUGUGUCUACUCCUCAGUGUUCGCUUUUUUCCCCCACCCUGGUGACUGAUAUUUUUGGAUGUGAUUAAAACAAGAGGCGCAGAUGCCUUUAAUCUUUCUUGGCCAGACUUGGGCUGAGUCUGGUGCAGGAACGGCCCCUGUCCACGCCCCUCUCCCACGGACAGACCGGCCCCCGGCCCGGGUGUCUUCCCUGCAGUUCUUCACUCCGACUCGCUCUCCAGCCGCCGAGCUACUGGGAAGUCGCCCGCGUGUUUGACUGAACACAGCCUCCACUGCAGCAAGCUUGAGAGGGCUGGAGGCCAGGAGUCCCUGUGGACACCCCGCAGCACUGGCAUGCACCCCCCGCCCUCCGUCCCCAGGGGCUGAGGGCGAGAAAAUCGUCCCUGAACUGAGUGUACGUCGACACCCACCCCAACCUGGUGGUGGUUUUGUUUUGUUUUUGCUUUUGGGUCACCCCCGUGAUGCUCAGGGUUUCCUCCUGGCUCUGCAUUCAGGAAUUACUCCUGGCAGAGCUGGGGGGAGCCAUAUGGGAUGCCGGGGAUCGAACCCGGGUUGGCCGCAUGCAAGGCAAAUGCCCUCCCUGCUGUGCUAUCCCUCCAGCCCCCAUGUUCGGUUUUUGUUUUUGUCUUGUUCAGUGUUCCAAGGCUCUGCAGCUCUGCUCGGGGCUUCCCGCCUCCUGGCUCCGGGCUCAGGGAUGAUUCCAGGCUGGCUCGGGACCGAGUGAAGUGCCAGGAUUUGUACCAGCUCCCCGCCCUCCCCCUCUCUCCUGUAAGCCAUUUCACAGGGCGCUUGGAGCUGUCGGGGUCUUUGGGGAGGGCGGAACACGCUCUCCUCAAGGAGUCUGCAAAAAUCCAAGUGUUUGUUUCCUUCCCACCCAAAUCAGGGCUGCGUGCUUGCUGCGGCCUCUGGGGAUAAAAGUCAGUACAAGGGCAUUUUGUUCCUGUGCUCUGGGCAGGCCUGGGCCUUGUGUUCAGGGAUCAUUCCUGCAGUGCUUGGGGAUCAUACGCAGUGCCAGGGAGUGAAGCGGCCUUGGCUACGUGCAAGGCAGAUGUCCUGACCAAAGGGACCUCGUGCGGUGAAUCACACCCACAGUCCUGUUCUCAUCUCUGCGCUCCCCGUUUGCUCUGGGUCUGCAUCUGGUGAGCUCUUGUCUGCACAUGACCCCCUGAAAUGCUGGGUGGGUGAGUCAGUCUCCUCCCAUCUUGUCACCAGCCAACAGGGAGGGAGCACUGGUUGCCGUGUGUGGGAGUGGACGCAGGUCCCGGUGUGGUCCUUAUUGAUACCAAGGCAGCAGGGGCCUGGCCGCUGCCUGGGAGGGUGGGGAGAUCAGCUUUGCCUGACCAGCUCCGGUGCCCCCCACCCCGUGUGAGGGGCGCCGCUGACGGGACCCUGGGUUAUAGGGGAGCAGGAGGUCAGUUCCUCUGCCCCUCACCCGGAGGUGUGGGAGACACUGGGGUCACCGUGUGGCUGUGGAUUCUUGGCCGGCCGGGAGGAGUGAGUGGUCAGUGGCCUGCUGCUCCUUGCCUGGUCUUGGCUCGAGAGGCUUUUGUUGGCUGUUCUGCUACUUCCUGCUGGCAUCACUCCGAGGUCAGCCUCUUCAGCUCCAGAUCUGGGCCAGAGGAGGGGAAAGGGAAAGCGGGGGCCCUGGCCAGCUCCCUCGCCUGCCGCCCGCCGCCCGCCGCCCAGGCACUCACGGGGGCUGGGGAGUCAGUGGGAAUCAUGGCAGCAAGAGGGAAAAACAGUUGUGGAUACGCCAGAAUCUGAAGUCGGGAUAAAACUGUCCGAGGCUCAUGUGCGGUCAGUGUGCCACCCGUGCUGACUCCGCCGCUGGAACGAGGUUGGCACACGGGGGUGGCCUAGCAGUCCUCUGACAGCUUAAGCCCACUGUUCCAGGGAGGAAGCGGGCGCGAAGUGAGCCUCGCCUGCAGUCCGUGAAACCCGCACAGCUCGACUCUCAGAAGUCCCCCUGGGCCACUCGUGAAAUUCAAAGCCCCUUUGUUCUCUGAGGACAAAGGACAAGCGAGAGGGAGCCUCCACUUGAGACAGUGACAAAGUGACAACAUGACACUUGACUAGUGAAUCAACAAUAUCCUGGUGUUCUGCAGGCCAGGCCGACGCUGCCCUCUCUUCCCUUCUGCCCGCCGCCAGCCUGCCUUCCUCGCGUCCUAAUGACCCAGAUUUCCCACCCACGUGCCGCUCGCUCCCAUGCCUCGUCCACAGCUGCCCUUCCCUUCAGACCAAAGACCAAGUGCCACAGUGUCAUCCCACCCAACUCGGCAUUUCAGAGGUUCCUCCAGUGUCUCCUGGGCUGGUCACACUCCCACCCUCCCCACUCUCCACUCACGGUCCUUCGCUUGCCCUGCAUCCCACUAAUUGCUGCCUCUCUUCACCAUUCCAUUCUACCAGUGACAGAAUUCCUUAAGACUCUUCCUUUCUCUUGAGGAGUCUUAUUUUCACAGAACCUACAUAAACUAGCUAAAAUUUAAAAGUGCAUCUAUCCAUCCAUCUACCCACCCAUCCACUGGUAUGUCCAUCCAUCCAUUCAUCUUCCAUCCACCCAUCUGUCUGUCUAUCCAUCUGUUCAUUCAUCCAUCAUUCCACCAAGUGAUCCAUUCAUUUUCCCAUACAUACAUACAUACAUACUUUAUACCCCGAGAUCCAUCUGUUUGCCCAUCCAUCCACUCAGUCAUUCAUCCAUCUAUCCAUUUAUCCAUCCAUUCAUCCAUCCAUUAUUUCACCCAGAGAGCCAUUAAUUUGCCCAUCCAUCCGUCCAUCCAUCCAUCCAUCCAUCCAUCCAUCCAUCCAUCCAGUAUUCACUUAAUGAGCACCUGCUGUAUAUUGGGUACCAUUGUCUAGAAGGGAACAAGGGAAACAACCUGAUUAUUCUCAGGAAACUUAAGGUGGAAGACAGAGUUUAUAAUUUUAUUUACUCUUAGAAUUUGUUAUUUAGGUAACAGUUGCAAUAGUGUCAUUAUUUGUGGUUUUGAUGUACAAUGUCACUGUAACUUCCCCACACACCAGAGUACUCUGGGCCCUCCGCCACUGUCCUUGGGUCAUUCAUCAUCUACUACCACUCCCCCAGCCCCCAGAGACUCAGUGCUGGGGAAUCUCAGUCUUACAGUCCAGGACCAAGGGUUUGUCCCUGUGUAAUGCUCUUGUUGCCUUUGUUUCAUUUCUCGUAUGCUACUGGGUAGGGAGUCCAUCUCCCCCCCACCUCUGAUUUUGCUUAACACACAAUGCCCUCUGCUUCCAAGUUGCAGUGAACUGCCAGAGACCCAGAGUUUAAACUAACAACAGGGGGGGCUGGAGUGAUAGCACAGCGGGUAGGGCGUUUGCCUUGCACGCGGCUGACCCGGGUUCGAUUCCCAGCAUCCCAUAUGGUCCCCCAGCACCGCCAGGAGUAAUUUCUGAGUGUAGAACCAGGAGUAACCCCUGUGCACCACCGGGUGUGACCCGAAAAGCAAAAAAAUAAAA